AUGGAACUGUUAUUGAAUGUGUAGCUGACUACAGGAACGUUAAUGAAAACAAAAAUCAAAUGAUUUCUUUAAGAACCUCAUGAAAUGGUUUAUUAAUGAUUAAAAAGAUUAAUGUAAUCAAAUUUGCGCUGUUUAAUUAAACAGUUAUAUCAUAUUAGUGUCAAACCAUUUAACUCGAUCGAUUCCCCGCUGUAGGACUUAAGGAUUGAGAAAUCUCGCUGAAAACAUACUCAAAAAUAAUGAUGCCCUCCAUCGCCAUGACGUUAAUAUGGACUGUAAUGUGUACCUGUUGUGUCAGAACUAUCACGGGGGAGGAAGACGUAAUAGCCAGCCCCGCCACUGAUCUCGCCUCACAAAAUGCUCAGCUCCUAGAAGCCUGCUUAAACUUAUGCCAACAGGGUAUGUGUCCGAGUUCGUGUCCCCAGGCCUUCUUAGGACCAUGGUCAAAGAGGUCCCACCACAAAAGAAGGAUAUUUGAUCGGGGAGGAGGAUACGGCAUGGGGUUUGAUGAUUACGGAUGGUUUAUGCGGCUUUUGGGAAGGCUGAACUGAAGAUCAGUGAUAUAAAGUUUAACAUAAUAAACAUCAGAAAAAACAUGAAAACAUCGUGUCAUUAUCAAGAUCCUGACCAUCAUGUUCAUUACAUUUUAAUUUUGUUUCAAAGACAAGUUAGUUUAAAUGCAGUAUUAACUGAGGAAGCUUUUGGUUUAUUCCGUACAUCGACUUUAGUAAUUUUUGUACUUUUUUCUGCCAGUUUUAUGAUUCUGGUGCAACUUUUACAUAAUGAAGAGAAGGUGUUAUUGAAUAGAAGCAGUCUUAAUGGUUUUGUAAUAUGUAAUGUUUCACAAGUUUCAAAUGAACUUUAUAUUUAUGAAAUAAAAACAAGUAACAAUUUUGUAUACUGACGAAAAUAAAACGAGAUUGUGGA